AUGUCGGUCGCCAAGUCUGCCUGGAGCAGCAUGACCCGACUCUCAAGGCCCGCCGACUUCAGGAAGCUCGAGCAGCCAAGCUUGCUUACGACCGUCGAUUUUCAAGAGCUCGUCGUGGGGCUCUCGAGCAGCUUGCGCUGCGGUUGGUCCAGCAUCAAGAUUCUCCACCCAUCCAGGGCUCUACGAGCUCAGUUCCAGAAGCAGUACCAUAUCCUGUCGCGGAAUUAA